UGGUGUUUUGCUUUUGAACAUGAAACAAAUAGGCCAAUAUAACUUCUUCCAUGUCACAACUCAAUCGGGAAUUGUUUCAUAACGCGCCAACUGUCGGAAUUGUGGUUACGAUUGUGUCUAUGACUGCAGUGUAAAAUUCUCUGGCUACUGUUCAUUAUGCCGGGCGGAGCGGAUAGUGAAGAGGAGACGGACAAUGAAAAGGACACCGGAUGGACGGUGAAGAACUGCUGCCGGAAGACCAUCGCCUUCUUGUUUUCCCAUAUUGGCCUGACCGCACUGGUUGUGGGAUACUCCAUUAUGGGGGCGUUUCUCUUCCGGCAUUUGGAAUACCAACACGAGAUGGACAAGAUGGGGACCAUUCGGGAAUGGAAGAACGACACGGUGGAGGCACUAUGGAACAUCACGACCGAUGUCCACAUGCACGAGCUAUUCCAGAAUAACUGCACAUCCACCUGUUCUGUCCAGUCAAAUGAGACAAUGACCAAAUUCCAAAAAGAAGCCAAGGACCAGCAUAUUAUGCAGGCGGAAGCAGCUAAAACGGCUCUGGUUGAAAAUCUAUGGACCUUAACGAUGGACUUAAAUGUUCUUUGGAAAGAAAACUGGACACAAACCGCUGAAAAGGAAAUCAGCAAUCUGAUCCGUCAAUUACGUUUAUGGAACGAAGAAGCCGAAAUGCGCUGGUACAAACCAGCCGUAAAAUGCUCCACUGUCUGCAUUCCUACCCUGAUGGUUAAAAAUCAGACAAAGAGCAACUGGACGACAUUAGCCAUGGACCGCAUUGAAGAAUUCCAAAACAAUAUCAGUGACGCCGCACAACAAGGUUUCGAGACCAAGAAAUCCAAUCCCAAAUGGACAUUCUCCAGCUCCUUCUUAUAUGCUCUCUCCGUAAUAACAACGAUCGGUUAUGGGCAUGUUACGCCCAAGACACAAGCCGGCAAAGUGGUGACGGUGCUCUACGCUGUAGGGAAUUCUAUAAUGCUGAUGUUCUUGUCCAAUAUCGGGAAUUUACUAGCCAAAGUCUUCAUUGGGUUGUUCUCCCACAUGUGCCGAUGCCGUUUCUUAAAUCCACCGGAUCCAACGGCUGCACCAGCUAUUCCGGCAUGGGAACCGGAAGUGGCCGCCUUAGUGGAGCGCUUGAGCGUAAAGACAACAACGUUCCGGUGA